GAUCAUCACAAACCCACUUUCUCAUAAUCACAAUACAACUUAAACCCUAUAUAUCGACGUGGUAGUUAAACUUAAACAAAUAUUCGAAACUCGUUGGACUAACACAGCAUGAGAUACUUGUGACUGAAUCAAAACAAAACUAUAGAAACUCCUUCUCUUUCUCACACGUCUAUAACAACAUUUCCACGUACAGCGCAUGAUCACCAUUAUUGGCUCAACAAUGGAAGCAGCCUCCAACUCAAAACAACAACAUGAAAAUAACAACAACAACAACAAGAAGGCUAUUCAGAGGCUUCAUUGCUCAGUGAAGAACUAUGAGUGGGGUAGACCGUGCCAUGACUCUCUCGUGGCUAAGAUAUUUGGCAUGAAUUCUGGGUCACAGAUUGAUGAGGAUCAGCCUUAUGCUGAGUUUUGGAUUGGAAGCCACGUAUCAGGACCCUCUUUCGUUGUUUCUGAUGGUUCACAGAGAGUGACCCUUAAGUCUUGGCUUUUGGAGAAUCCCAACGUGCUUGGAGAAAAGGUUCUGGAGAAGUGGGGUGGUGACCUCCCUUUCUUGUUUAAGGUGCUGUCCGUGGACAAGGCCUUAUCCAUACAGGCUCACCCUGAUAAAGAUCUGGCCAGGACCUUGCACAAGUUGCACCCUGAUGUUUAUAAGGAUGGGAAUCACAAACCGGAAAUGGCUCUGGCUGUGACAGAGUUUGAGGCUCUAUGUGGCUUUGUCACUCUUACGGAGAUUAAGGCUGUGCUUACUGUCCCUGAGGUUGUGGAACUGGUUGGUGUUGAAAAUGUUAACUUGGUGUUACAAAUCACUGAUGAGGAUGGUGAAGAGAAGGUUAAGCCUAUUUUGCAGACUCUUUUUACUGAGAUCAUCUCAGCAAGUAAAGAGAGAGUAACGGUUGCAGUAGACAGACUGAGAAAUCGUCUGCGUAGGGAAAGUCAGGUGAGGCAGUUGACAGUUCAGGAGCAACUGGUGCUGCGCUUGGAAAAGCAAUACCCAUCAGAUGUUGGUGUCAUUGCAGCCUUCUUUCUUAACCAUGUAAAACUCUCUCCAGGUGAAGCCUUGUUCCUUGGGGCAAAUGAACCACAUGCAUAUAUUUGUGGUGAGUGCAUUGAAUGUAUGGCAACAUCAGAUAAUGUAGUGAGAGCUGGGCUCACUCCCAAGCACAGAGAUGUUCAGACACUUUGUUCCAUGCUCACAUACAAACAGGGUUCUCCUGAGAUCCUACGAGGAGUUUCUAUAAAUCCUUAUGUAAGGAAAUACAUCCCACCCUUUGAGGAAUUUGAGAUUGAUUGUGGUAUUCUUCCUCAAGGUGAAAUAGCAGUGUUCCCAGCAGUUCCAGGUCCUUCCAUCUUUUUGGUCACAGUUGGGGAAGGAAUGAUGAAUACACAAUCACCAAAAGGGUAUCCAAUCACUGAAGGGGAUGUUCUUUUUGUGGCUGCCAACACUGAGAUAAGUGUUAGUAGCACAUCUGAGUUGCAUCUGUUCAGGGCUGGGGUUAACAGCAGAUUCUUUCAAGCUUCCUAAUGUGGUUAAUAAUAUACUUUUUGGGACCCAAUCAUGCAAUUAUGUGUUACAUAACAGAUUGAAACACUUUAUUAUACAGAGAGAAAAAUGCUUUAUAAAGAGCCAGAUUGACUUGUAUUUUAGUGGUAUUGUAAAAGCCUUUGAAUUAUUUGCGUGUCUAUAUUGUUAUUUAUACCUAUUUAUAAUGUAACUUAAAAAAAAU